AUCUAUGUAUUUAUCGAAUCGACAUUUACGGUAUUGCUACCAAAAAAUGGUGGCAUGUGGUUAGGAACCACUACAGAAAGGACUACAUAUAUUGAUCUUACCGUAACUUAUUCACUUAGUGGGACUGUUACGCCGCCAGAUACAACGAUUAAUGGCCAAUCUACUGUUGGAAACUCAAC